AUGGCCAAAACCGGUGGGCCUCUCCCUCUCCUUCUCAUCAUCGCCGUCCUGGUCUCAGCCCUUCUCGUCCAUGACUCGGCCGCCAUCGGUGUCAACUACGGAGCCAAUGGCAACAACCUCCCAUCUCCCAGCCAAGUCGCUUCUUUCCUCAAACAGAACACCAUCAUCGACAGGGUCAAGCUCUUCGACACAAACCCCGAUUUCCUCCGUGCCUUUGCCAACACCGGCAUCUUUGUUACAGUCACCGUCGGCAAUGGCGACAUCCCUUCUCUCACUAAUCUUUCCACCGCCCGUGCCUGGGUCGCCGCCAAUAUUGCCCCUUUCCACCCACAAACCCUCAUCAACCGCAUCGCCGUUGGAAAUGAAAUCAUGGCCACCGGUGAUAAAUCCCUCAUUGCCAAGCUCGUACCAGCCAUGAAAUCCCUCCAUACCGCCCUUACAAACGCGGGGAUCAACGACAUUCAGGUCUCCACCCCUCACUCUCUUGGGAUCCUCUCCGCCUCAGAGCCACCAAGCAUCGGCAGGUUCCGACGUGGGUACGAUAGGGUCAUCUUCGCUCCGAUGCUUCAGUUCCACAGAGACACCAAAUCUCCCUUCAUGAUCAACCCAUACCCGUAUUUCGGCUACUCCGCUAAAACUUUGAACUAUGCCCUGUUCAAGCCCAACCAAGGGAUCUACGACAAAUACACGCGGAUCACGUACACCAACAUGUUCGCAGCGCAACUCGACGCCGUCUACUCGGCGAUGAACAGGUUGGGCUACGGCGAUGUCGAUAUUGUGGUGGCGGAGACUGGGUGGCCGUCUGCUGGUGAUCCAAACCAGCUGAGCGUCAACAUCGAAAGCGCCAUGUCCUUCAAUGGCGGUGUAAUCAAGUACGUCACUUCUGGACGCGGGACUCCAUUGAUGCCUAAACGGGAGUUCGAGACUUACAUCUUCUCCUUGUUCAACGAGAAUCUCAAACCAGGUCCAACCGCAGAGCGGAACUUCGGCCUCUUUCAGCCGGACUUCACACCAGUUUACGAUGUGGGGAUUUUGCGCAAUGGACAGCAGGCGGGAGGUGGGUCAUCAACACCACCAGCAGUAGCAGGAAAGAAGUGGUGCGUACCGAAGGCAGACGCGAGCGACACAGCGCUGCAGGCAAACAUCAACUAUGUGUGCAGCUUAGGAGUGGAUUGCAAACCCAUUCAGGCUGGUGGAAGCUGCUUCGAUCCCAACAGUGUCAAGUCUCACGCAUCCUACGCCAUGAACGCUUACUACCAGGCCAACGGUCUUCACGACUUCGACUGUGAUUUCGCCAAAACCGGCAUCAUCACCACCUCCGAUCCCAGUUAUGGUAGCUGUCAAUAUGUCUCUUAGAA